GCCUCCACUUCCGCCCCGUUCCACUUCCGCUUCCGGCCGCCAUGUCGGAGCUCAUCCUCAACGUGAGCUUCGCUCUCAGCGGCCCCCCCCGGCGGCCCCCGACCGGCAACCGGCGGCACCGCAGCUUCAUCCGGCGCCGGCGGCACCUCGAGCGGCUCGGGGCGCUCAAAGAGAAGCAGCUGCCCCCGAACGUCCGCCGACGGCCUAAGGGCGACCCAAAAAACCCCGGGGCCGGCGGCGAGGGGCGGCCGGGGGGCGGCGGGGGGCGGCGGGACGGCCCAAAAUGGCGGCGGCCUCCCUCAGGAGGGGGCGCUGCCCCCGAGAGGGGGACCCGCAAGGGCUCGGGGGAGGGGGCUAAAGCACAUAAAGGCUCUGGGGGUCCCCCUAAGGCUUCUGGGGCUCCCCCCAAAGGCUCUGGGGACCCCCCUGAGGCCUCUGGUGCCUCCUCCAAGGCCUCUGGGGGCCCCCCCAAGGCCUCUGGACCCCCCCUCAAAGGCUCCGGGGCCCCCCCGGCUCCCUGCAAGCUGGUGGCCAUCGACUGCGAGAUGGUGGGGACCGGCCCCGGCGGGCGGACGAGCGCCCUGGCCCGCUGCAGCAUCGUGGGCUACGAGGGGGACGUCCUGUACGACCGCUACGUGCGGCCCGCAGAGCCCGUCGUCGACUACCGCACCCGCUGGAGCGGCGUGAGGAGGCAGCACCUGGCCAACGCCGUCCCCUUCGGCAAAGCCCAGCGGGAGGUGGGCGCCCGCGGGGCUGGGGC